AUGAAUAGAGAAGAUGGGCAAGACGGAUCAUUGUACAUGAAGCAGUCUUUCCAAUGGAGAUCAUAUGAAAAUUCGGUGACUGUGACGAUGAAAAGGCUAGAGAUUGAGUUAGUGAAGAUCUUGACAGUCUUCACCACCAUUGACUUGUCACACAACUCUUUCCAAGGGGAUAUCCCGGGAGUUAUUGGACAUCUUCACUCUCUUAUAGGGCUCAACCUUUCUCAUAACCACCUUACUGGCUUAUGUGGAACUCCAUUGCCAAAAUCAUGCCCUAGUGAUGCUCAACCUCCUCCACAGUCGUCCUUGUCGACUUUUGACCCCGAAGUGCAUGAAUGGUUCAAGCAGAAAGUGGUGUGGCUUGGUUAUGCAUCUGAAAUCGUAAUUGGGAUUUCCAUAACAUACAUGGCAUUUGAAAUGGGAAGGCCCAAAUGGCUCGUGCAAGUUGUGAGAAUCUUGAAGAAAAGAGCAGCCGAGUGGAUGGAGAAGUCAAAGCGAAAAGCCAUCAAAUUUCAUGGAUAA